AUGUUUAAUAACGAUCCCUUUAAAAUAUAUCAUGACAAUGUUCAUAAAAACAUUGAAAGGAUGAAAAGGGAAAAGAAACUAAUUGUUUUUUCUCAACGUAUUCCAACUGACAAACUGUGUCAUUCACAUCUUCACAAAAGACAGCCUUUGAGUAAUAUAACAUCUGCCAGGAUAAACAAACCCAAACCAGCAAGUAAAUCAAAUCUUCUAUCCACAAGAAACCUAUUAUCAAAGUUUGAUAAACCAAAGCGUGAAAUUUUUUCGAAUAAGUCAUACGAAUUUGAGGUACUUGAUAAACGAGGGUUGAAUAAUAAAUAUACCAAAAUUGAAAAUGAGUUUGAAAGUAAAAAUAUUGAUUCCAAGGAUCCCCUAGUUAGCUCAUUCUUGAAGAAGUUCAAGGAAGUUAUUAAUUGGUAUAAAUUGAGUAAAUUUCAAUUUGAAGCAACCAACACAAUCUAUAAAGAAGGCGUUAAUGGUAGUGGUAAUUUUGACCAAGCCGAUAAAAGUGUAAUAACGCGACAAAUAAUGCAAAACAUGGUUAAAAGAAAUUAUAUUCGACCUGAAUACAGUAGGAUCAAAAUCACUGCAACUCAUAAAGUCAAUCAAAUAGGUAAAUUGAGUGAAUUUAUGUACGUUGUUAGAGUUUUGGAUGAAACAAAUAAUUAUGCUAACUUAAAACAAACAGAGAAAACAGUAUUGCUAAUGAAUGUGGCAAAUUGUGAAAUAAAAGUUGAAGAUAGACUUAACUUAAAUGAUUUGUGUUAUUUAAUGGAUUAUCGGGGAAAAAAAUUGGAAGUUUAUUUACGUUGGCAUGUAGUUAAAUAG